CUCCCUCCUCCCGGUGCCCUCGCGGUGUGCCAGUGCGGAGACGGGGAGGGCGGCGAGUCGCUCGGCAGCCAUACCUGGUGUGGGCUGGGCAGGUCGGAGAGAGAAGCGUGAGGCCGGGCUGGUACGGAGCCAGAGCCUGGACGCGGUCUUGAGGUGCUCUCCUGAACACAGGCUCUUCUGCAAAGGUUGUGUGGAGGUGAAGGAGCACAAGUCCUGCCAGAGCACCGAACUCAGAUGGGCCAGCUGCUCUUCUCCCAGCCGGCAGGCUUCCAGGGCUGGGCUGCAGUCUGAGAGCCCAUGGGAGAGCUUGCUGCACCAGAGCACCGCGUCACCCAGCCUUCUCUUCACUGCAGGGCCCUUUGGUGCACCUCAGCCAUAUGUCUGUGUGGGCAUUUAUGUGUGUAAAUUCACAAACUGGCAGGAAGGUGAGUUAGACAGGAACAUCUUUGAACAGAGCAGGAGAAAGGGGUUGGUGUGAGUAGUAUAACAGUAUAACAAAGCAUAACAGAGGAGGGAUCCAAAGAAAGAGAAAACAGAGCAACACAGUUCCUAAUGCAGAGAUACUGUGGGCAUUUUGGUGCAAAGUCCUCUGCCAGAAGGCAUUCUUGGGAUGAUGGCCUGAAUGAAGCAAAUAUCGAAGUAUCACAGGCACCAAAACUUGCAACGAAUAUAUGCUUGUGAAUGGUUUGUACCAAUCCCAACAUAAUGCCCCCAUCUAAUACAUUUGUCAUGAAACAGUUAUGAUGGUAUUCAUAUUUUGUGCCAGUACUCACACCAAUUCUUGCUUCUCGAUGUUCUACAGAUUCACCGACUCUAUAGUUUGGUCAGGAUUACUGUGCUAGUCCGAAGUAUGACAGUGUUACAGAAAUCAGAAUAUAAUUGCUGAAAUGCACAAAAAUAGGCUGUGAUUGCUUACACUACAGCUUUGGUUCCUCAUUCCCAUAUUCAGUAUAGGCUUUCUCUGUGGGAACUUCAUUGAUGCUGUGUAAAAUUCUGACAUGAGAACAGAAGUAUUGGUGCAAGUAACAGUUAAGCUGUGUGUUAAAUACGUUCCACAUAUUCUUGCAGGAGAACUUGAUGAGAACUUUGAUUGAGAAACAAGAUGUUAACACAUUGCAGACAAAAAGGUUUCCCUGGAAUUGAUCUACAAGCAACCUGAUGGGAGUUUUUCCCCUUUAAAGGAGCAGGAUGAGACGCUGGCAUGACCCCACAAACCUCGAUGUGGGUGGGCCCCCUGAAUAUGGGGAUGUCAGCAAGCCUACACCUGUGCUUAGUUGUCGUUAACCUCUUUCAUCCAGCUUUGUGUUCCCUUUUCUAGUUUUGUUUUCGAUCGGGAAGAGAAAGUCAUGAGGAAUUCCCUCACUUGCCUGAAACAGAAAAUAUUUGUCAUGUCUGUGAAAUGGAACUCUCUCUGAAACAGUCCAAUCACAUUCAAUAUCUUACACAGUGUGUAUUCAAAGACUUAGCCCCAUGUCCACUUGCCCCUACCAGCAGUCUGUGAGUGCAGGCAUGGCACUGAUUCAUUGUGUGCAGCAGGCUAGGGAGUUAAAUGAUCUGAUGAAAGAAGAGAUUUAAAAAGAAAGAGAAAAGGGGGAAAAGGAGAAAAAGAAAAAAAGAAAGAAUGAAAUGUGGAGGGGACAGAGCAACAUGGUGGUAAAGGGACAGAGGACAAACAAGUACUGAAGUUCAAGCAGAGCCCAGGAUGGAUUAUAUUGCCAAGAGGUUGGCAGAAAUGCUUCAAGCUCCACUCAAAAAAACCUAUCUGAGUUUAGAGGGCUCUGAACCUGAAGCUGUAAUCAAGCUAAUGGUCACUGGCUUCAGCACUGUGGGAAGUGUGCUGUAAUCAGUGCUGUCCUACCUGAGCUUCCACGCCUUCAUUUGGUAUUUCAGUAUCUCCAAAUUAUUCUCUGUGACUGAUGCUGUUUCACAGCUCUUUGUGUAAAAGAAACCUGAUACAGUCAGCCAGGCCUGUGGGCAAGCCCUGCUUCCCCUGAUCAGCUUUGAAACCAGCUGCCCUUCCUGUGCAGAUGUGAUCAGUGGCGUGCAAGACAGACGGGCCUUUAUUACCAACGUGGAAACUUUCCUCCUCUUUCUAUUAGGGGUUUUCAACAGAUUGGUGUCUCCGAGGGCUGUCCCAAGACAGAAACAAUAUUGGUGUACGUUCCUGCCCUACAUUUAAGUCUUGAAUCCUUGUAAUGGACUUAAUGUUGAAAUAUUUCACAUCACAUUCUGGUAAGCUGUUAAGCUGUUCACAGGAAAAACUUCCAAGCAGGUGGAUGAGUUGAGAAUAAGAAAAGGCAUUUAUUGAAAUCUGCAUAUUGGUAGAUUUGCCACUACAUGGGAUAUAAAGGAUGGAUUUCUCCUCUCUUUCCUCUCUGGAAAAAGCUGUUCCUCCAUUAUCUCAAGUGGAUUAGAGCAGCCCGAGGGCCUCUUGGUAAGAGGAAGAAGCAGUCAGUGGACAGAAACAGACACAGCACGUAUUGGUGGAGCCCAGCUACCAGAGGUGACUUUCUCUGGUCGGGCUGCACGGAACGAUGGCCAGAAGGACAGCGCUCGAAGCAAUGCGAGAAAGCAAAAGCAGCGCCGGGAGCCCUGGCAAAGAGCUUCCAAACCCUACAGGAAGCCUCACUGCAAUAAAAAAUGAUCAUUUUCGUCUGCGGCUGCCCGACGCCCCGCAGCCACCGCGGCCCCGCGCACCCAGCGGCCCUCCCUUGCCAGAAGCCGCGCCGUCCGCACGGACAGCCGCAGGCCCCCGCGCUGCGGCAGCCCUCAGACCGCGGCGCCGGGCCCGGGCUCAGCUCGGGGCCGGUAUCGGCAGCGGCGGGGCCCGGCCUGCGCGUCAGGUGACGCGGGUCGCGGCGCCGCGCUCUCCGCCCAGCGGCGAGCGGGGGAAGGGAGCGGCGGCGGCGGCGGCGCGGAGCCGUGUGGCGGCGGCGCGGCACCUGGGCUCCCCCCGAGGCCGCCGGCAGGCAGAGGGGCCCUCGCAGCCCCUCGCAGCCCCGGCGGGGAGCGCGGCCGGCAUGAGCCAGGUGCCGAGGAAGCUGCCCCAGGAGGAGGGGGACGAGGAGGAGGAAGAGGAGGAGGAGAUCGUGGGCUUGGCGGGCUACGCCGACGGGGCCGAGUCCUUCUCGGACGGGGACGCGGAGAGCGGCGGCGAUGAGGCGUUUUUGGAUUUCAAUGAUCCCUUCAGUACUGAAGUUAAGCCACGAAUCCUGCUCAUGGGUUUGAGAAGAAGUGGGAAGUCUUCCAUUCAGAAAGUUGUCUUUCACAAAAUGUCACCAAAUGAGACCCUCUUCUUGGAGAGCACAAACAAAAUCUGCAGAGAGGAUGUAUCCAACAGCUCCUUUGUCAACUUUCAGAUAUGGGAUUUUCCUGGGCAGAUUGACUUCUUUGACCCUACAUUUGACUAUGAGAUGAUUUUCAGAGGCACUGGAGCACUAAUAUUUGUUAUUGACUCUCAGGAUGAUUAUAUGGAAGCAUUAGCUCGGCUGCAUCUUACUGUGACCAGAGCAUAUAAAGUGAAUCCAGACAUCAACUUUGAAAUCUUUAUCCAUAAAGUGGAUGGCUUAUCUGAUGAUCACAAGAUUGAAACACAAAGAGAUAUUCACCAGAGGGCAAAUGAUGACCUUGCAGAUGCUGGAUUGGAGAAGAUUCAUCUCAGCUUUUAUCUGACAAGCAUAUAUGAUCAUUCUAUAUUUGAAGCGUUUAGCAAAGUGGUACAGAAACUGAUUCCACAGCUUCCAACACUGGAAAAUCUGCUUAACAUCUUUAUUUCAAAUUCUGGGAUUGAAAAAGCAUUUUUAUUUGAUGUAGUAAGUAAGAUCUAUAUUGCAACGGACAGCACUCCAGUGGAUAUGCAAACUUAUGAGCUCUGCUGUGAUAUGAUAGAUGUUGUGAUUGACAUUUCUUGUAUAUAUGGGCUUAAAGAUGAUGGCACUGGAACUCCAUAUGACAAAGAAUCAAUGGCAAUCAUAAAACUGAACAAUACAACUGUUCUUUAUUUAAAAGAAGUAACAAAAUUCCUUGCUCUUGUUUGCUUUGUGAGAGAAGAAAGCUUUGAGAGAAAAGGAUUAAUAGACUACAAUUUCCAUUGUUUUCGAAAAGCCAUACAAGAAGUAUUUGAAGUAAGAAUGAAAGUAGUAAGAUCUCGAAAACAUCAAAGUCAUGUGCAAAAAAAUAAGAGACCCACUCCUAAUGGGACACCAAGAAUGCCACUGUAACUGAGGUUUUCUGGCACUGUGGCGAGCUAAGAUUUCAUGAAGUUGAUGUGACUUCUGCAUCUCAUUGCACUGAGUGAAGAGGAAAACCAAUGGGACUGAUGUAUUAUAUGAAUUUUCCCUGAACGUUCAGAAAGCACUGUUUAAAUAUUUUUAUCCAAUCAGUUUUUUUAAUAUAGUGAGCACUUUGAGCAAAAUGUUGUAUAUAUAAGCAUUGAGGUGAACACUUGUAAGAAUUUUCUUAAUAUAUGCUGUAAACCUUUUUCAUGCCAUAUUAAGAAAAAAAACAGCUGUGACAGAAAUACUGGGUACAUAAUUUGCACUUUUUCAUGUUUUCCUUGUGGAGUUGGACUUUGAUAAACUUAGUUUUUAUGGUGAUUUUGAUGCAUGGCGUCAGGUAAAAUGUAUGCUGUAUUUUAUUUACCUGCUACAAUCAAAUUGGCUAGUAAACAAUUAAGAAAACUUGGUACAAUGCCUUUUAAAAUUUGUUACAGCUAAUACCUAACAUUCAUACUGAUCUAAUUUCAUAUAUUUUUCAAUUUGUAAUCUGAAAAGUAAUUUUGAAGUAUUACAGCAAUAAGAACCUUACCAGCAAUCAUAACUGGUAGGUAAAUAUUCAUAACUGGUAGGUAAAUAUUAGCUUUUAUAAAACAGGCUUUUGGCCAAAUUUCAUCUGGAGUUCUUCAUAACACUGGUAAUGCCCUCUGGGUCUACUUUUAUCAUUUACCUCAGCAUAUACCACUAAAAUACCUUUCUAUAAAGACAAUUGUUUUGUAAAAUGGCUCUAUGUUGCACUGGUAUUUUUAUAAGGUUUUGGAGGAGGGUGGUUUAUCCAAAAGGUUGAAUUUAUGCUGCUAAAUUUGUUUUGAUAGCCUGCACAGUUGUGGUUGUUGCAGUGAAGAAUCUGUGCGUUUCUACCCUGCCAUUCAGGUGUACUGAUGGAAGUCCUAAAGAUGCGAGCACUAACUUUUGAUUCCUUCUUCUUAUGGGUACAUCUGCAAUUGAAAUCAAAAUGAGUACUGGAGAAAUCAACCUGUUACAGUAAUCAGAAUAUCUUGCUGCUUUUAAUAUAUAGAAAUGAGCAAUUUGUCAAAGGAUCCGCCAGGCCAUCCGAGUACUCUCAAACUUUAAAAAUAAGUAAAACUUUCUGAAUUCUGUA